UAUCUUCAGAAACCUGGACAGGCUCCCAAACUUCUGAUAUAUUACGCUACAACACUGCACUCAGGAACUCCGUCCAGAUUCAGUGGCAGCAGAUCUGGUUCUGACUAUAGUCUAAGGAUCAGUGGUGUUCAGGCUGAAGAUCUUGGAGAUUACUACUGUCUUGGUUUUCAUGGCAGUGGUGCGUUCACUUUUGGUGGAGGAACGAAACUCAUCCUUAACUUGGGUACAGUAAAGCCCACCCUGACCGUCCUCCCUCCCUCUAAAGAAGAGCUAGCGCUGGGCAACGUCACAGUGGUAUGUGUGGCCAGUGAGGGUUUUCCACCAGAGUGGAACCUGGGUUGGAAGAAGAAUGGCGGCGCCAUCACCUCGGGGCUGUUACUGUCUAGCCCGGAGCUCCAGUCGAACGGCCGCUACAAAAGGAGCAGCACCCUGAAAAUGACUGCAGACGAGUGGAGAAAUGCAAACACGGUGAGCUGUGAGGCCACCCUGAAAAACCAGAGCCCCGUCACUGCAAGCCUGGAGCCAAAUAACUGCUCCGAUUAGAGUGUCGGCAUCACUUCCUGUCUGAAACCAUGCUCUUUCUACUCUUAUUACGCUUUGAAUCUGUCUGCAGUAUUUUAUAAUGAUUUUCUGCUUCACUUUUUACUUUUAAGCGUUUAAUAUGAAAAUAAACUCAUCAAAUAAACAACAACUUUGUUCAAA